AUGAAGAAGUUCUCCACCCGCUUCCUCACCCUUCUCCUGGCACUGUUAUCAAUCGGAACAUUUAACUUGAAUGCCCUCUUCGAACAUGUUCAGGGCGGUCAGGGCAACAUCCGGUCUGCGUCUUGGCCGAUCGCCUCUGCUGCACCUCUUUACGCAAAGAAUCAAGGCUCGACGCUGGAAUCACGUUCUCGAAAGCCACGAGUUGGCAUUGUUGUGAAAGAGGGCUCUACUGCUAGCCUCAAAAGUGGUCCUGCACCGCUCAACGCUUUGACCACUAGCGAGACCAGAUCAAGUACAUCGGCGUUCGAGAAUGCGAACGGCCGGGUAGGCAUGAAGGUGCAGCUCAAACGCUUGGAACGCAACCCGGACAGCAACCCGCUGAUGCUAUACCAAAGACAUAUUAACAGAGCAAACUCAAAGCUCGCUUCGAUACUUGGUCGAAGGGCUCCCACUCCUGAAGAGAUGCAACAGUCUCUCGAACGUCGCAAGAUCAGUAUUCUUGCGCGUCGAGGCUGGCAAUUCGAAGAGCCUGCUCUCGAGGAGCGCAACGGCAGAAACACUGGCCCGCGACAGGGCUACACGACGCACACGGAGUCUGGUGGCGAUAUGCAGCGUCGCUUCCUCUCAAGCAUCAUGGACGACCUCUUCGGUCGAACGGGUGUCGAAGGAGGGUCCAAGCCCAAGAUGGCCGUUCAAAAGGUAGCCGACGAAGGCUAUCCCGAGGUUGCCAAUGUCGCCUCGCAGUCGGACGACCUAACCAGCGCUUCUGCACCCUCUGCCGUGCAGAGUCUCGGACUCGCGAUCGAGUCUAACGAUAUCGGCUACGUGGCUUCGAUAAAAAUCGGUAGUCAGAACCAAACAUUCCGCAUGCUGAUCGACUCUGGUUCUGCCGACACAUGGGUACCCAGCACCGCCUGCCAAGCUUGCGGUAGCACCCACACCAAGCUCGGCGGCUCGAAGUCGGACUCGUUCAGGUCGCUCGCAACCCGCUUUUCCAUCGAAUACGGUACUGGGGAUGUUUCGGGCAACCUCGCCACGGACAACUUUGACAUUGCCGGUCUUGCGCUUACCAACUACACGUUUGCCGUCACCACGCAACAGUCGUCGGACUUUGCAGAAGAAACCGUACCGUUUGACGGUCUCAUGGGUCUCGCUCGUAGCGAGCUGUCCAACGCUGGACAGCCUACUCCGAUCGAUGCUCUGUACAAGAAGGGAAAAGUGCAAGCCCCCGUUAUGGGCUAUCUUCUGGGUCGAGUAGCUGACGGAUAUAACGACGGCGAGGUGACAUUCGGCGGUGUUGACCCAGCCAAGUACACGGGUAACAUUACCGAGAUCGACAAUGUCUCGACCAAAGGGUUCUGGGAAGCUGCCAUCGACUCAGUCACCGUCUCUGGAACAUCUCUUGGCCUCAAAGGGCGCACUGCGAUUCUCGACACGGGCACAACGCUUAUUGUCGCUCCGCAAUCCGACGCGGAUGCGCUUCACGCCAAAAUCGAGGGCAGCAAAUCCGAUGGUCAGGGCGGCUACACCAUCCCUUGCACCACUACUGCCCAAGUAGCGUUGACCUUCGGCGGCAAAGAGUUCCCCAUCGACACGCGCGACAUGCUCUUCCUCCCCGUCGACGCUGACAAUCUCACCGGCGACUGCGUCAGCGCAAUCAGCGCCGGCAAUGUCGGUCAGAACAACGAAUGGCUGGUCGGAGCUACGUUUCUGAAAAACGUCUACUUUGCCACCAACACCGAGGCCAACAAGAUUGGACUGGCCAAGCUCAACUCGACUAACACAUCAGCUACCACUGCCGCUAAGCAGUGA